UACCUAGCAACGAUGAAAAAAUGGCGACUUCAUUGCCUCACGGAGAAGGCUGAUAUAUUUUUUAAGUGACAACUAUAAAAAGACGACAGCACGAUAUAACUCAUCUGUGACAUUUCAUAACAGAAGAGUUCUUCUAUAUAAGGAAAUCUUUAUUUGUGAUAUGCUGUAAAGGAAUAAAUUCAACGGUAUAUAAAGUUUCACAUUUUACAACGUAAACAAAACAUGGCGGCUACACAAAUGUAUAACCCGGUGGGGUUCUCCAACAACAGCAUGACCCAGGCUGUUACCUCAGAAAAGCCUGUUAUACCCCUCGUAAAACACAUAAUUACAGACGAAGAAAUAGGACUACUCAAGGGUUCUAAGCUUCAACCAAUCAACAUGAACAGAGUUGUGAAGUUGUUGACAGAUCCACAUUCUGUAAUGCUUUAUGACCGUCAUAUCAAUGCACUACAGCGACUUGUGAGACACUACGAAAAGGGCUUUCCAAUGAAAGAUUUAGUCCAGGUCUGCAAGGUUCUGAAUGUCUGCUCGGACAAAACCCAGGAACGACCUAUGUACGAAACACUCAUCUGUGAUAUCCUCAAAAUUUGCAGUCUGCCAUUCCUCAAAGAGAAGUCCUCGGAUGAACUCAUCUAUGAACAAAUUGUCACAGAAUCUGUAUCCCAACUUGGUUACCUGAUGAGGGUCCCAAGUCGAGAUGUGAGGAAACAGAUAUGUAAAACCUUGGUGAGCUUCUACACGGAAAAACCCUCGUCACAAGAAGUUCAGAAGCACAAACCAACAUCUGUAUCCUAUAACCAAAACAUCAUCGAGAACAGUGACGUCUCCGAGACACUUGUUAAGUCUUUGGCCCUGUUGGAGAAUGACAUAGCAAUCAAACUGGCUGUCCUAGACGUCCUUCAGCACUUCUCUAAAAACUCAGCUAAAAACUGUGACCAGAUGCUGCGUGUAGGGGCUGGUAAUCGCAUCUGCUCACGGAUGACCGAUGCUGACCCCAGUGGUCAGCUGCUGUUCCGGUCAGUGGAUAUCUUGUGGAACCUCCUGGAGUUUGGCGAUGGGGGAGAACUGGCAACUCAGCUGGAUAAUCUCAGCUGCAUCAACCAAUUGCGAGACGCCUUCGUGUUCCAGCUUACCCAGGGUUACAGCCACUAUGACCGACAGUUGAGAAACGAUCUUCUUGUUAUAGCGACACUGGUAGCUUCCAAGUGUCCCAAUGCACCAUUUGUGGAGACUGGAUUUGCGAAACAGCUCACUCUCUUUGCCACAUUCCAGGAAGUGAAGAGUCACAACGUCUUAGUUAAACACCUGAAGCUGAUGAAGAACCAUGAAGAUUUUGAACUGAAGAAACUACUGUUUAAUAUCUUGGUCACCCUCAGUAAAGAUUCCACAGCAGUUCCGGUUUUAUCUGAGGGCCACUUGAUGUUGUCACUAUUCAGUUUUGUGCGGGCAAAUGAGAACACAAUGGGGCCACGAGACUGGACAUCAGCUCAGUUUGAGGAAGUUCAGCUGCAUGCGAUGUCAUGUCUGUGUGCACUCUGUCCACUGAUGAUUGAGGAUUACAUGACAUGUCAGGGCAGCACCAGGAUACUGCUUCUCCUUGAAUGGUGUGUCGGCAAAGAGGACUUUGGUGGUCAUGGUAACAGUAUCCACGGAACUGGUGGCAGGGGUAGCAAGCGUGCCCAGAUGCGUCAUUGUCUUCGCUUGCUACGGAGUGUGGUAUCCACGGGUGACGAGGUUGUCGUUCAGGAUCUUGCUGACCAGGGUGCCAUCAACCAGAUCAUUACCAUUUUGUUGAAUGCCAUCCACAGCCAAAGGGGUGAUGAUGCCGUGGAUGUGGAGAUGCAGUCGGACAUGCUGCUCAUCCUUUCAUGUCUAUGUGAUGGAGAUAUGCACAGAAAAGAGCUUUUUGGUACUACUGGUGUGGAUGUCACAAUACAUUAUCUGAACACAGACUCGAAGCUUCUGAGUAGUGGAUUGGGGCACCAUCGCCUUCUCCUGGCCGCAGUGGACUGUGUCUGGUGCUCCAUCGUAAACUGCUACGGCACCGAGGAUUACUUCCUGGAGAAGGAGGGUGUGUUCCUGUUGAUUGAUUUACUUGAGGUGUGUCCUAAGAACAUGCAUAACCUGAUCCUUGGCUGCCUACUUGACCUGUGUGAGAACCCCAAGACAAUUCAUCAUGUCCUCACCUGGCGUGGAGCUGACAACGCCUCAGCUCCUCAUCUCUUCUGUGACAUCUUCCGUAACGAGGAGCGUGAGCUCGGAGUGAGACGCACUAAGGAUGGGGCUAUUUUAGACCACACAAGGCCCCUGAUGGGUGUCCUCCAAGAGAAUCAAGGUGUCAUUCCCCAGCCUGCAGCCAACCCUAGCCAGGCCAUAGUGGAUGUUUCUGAGAACAUGAGAGCCAAAAUAUACUCUAUCUUCUGUAAGAUAGGAUUCACUGAUCUGCCCGGUCUGACUGUAGAUGACCAUGUGACACUGACUGUUGUGGAGAAAUACCUCGACUUCAAGAUGGGAGAGGUGUGGAAUGAAGUAAUUGCUGAGCUAAGUGAGGAACAGGUUCGACCUGUCACCCCUGACCUUGAAGCUAUAGAGGCCAUCUCCAGGGCGAUUGAGGAGCGUGUACACAUUGUGUCGGGCACACAGCAGGAACUGUUGGAGGCCCAGCAGAACCAGGAUGUCCUCGAUGAACAGGAGUUCUAUGCUGAGAUCCGAGAGAACCACAGACAGAAAGAAAAGGCCAUGAAUGAUUUCACAGACUUCGUCGCCAGAACAUCUAACUUCGCUCUCUUGAAGGCUGCUGGAGACCGACAAGAACUGUCCAUUGAAGCCUCAAGGCUACAGACAAAAUACAAAGAAAGCGAAACGUUCCACAGUACUGACCUGAAGGCACUCCACACCACCACAUUCAGUGGUCGCACUAUUGCCGUUGACAGUACCUCAAACAGACUCACUGGUGGACCCCUGGGCAAAUAUGAUCCCAAAUCUGGAACGCUGCGAGAGAGGAAGUUCAUCAAACAACUUUCUAAUAUCACUGCUAAAUAAUAAAGCUGCAGAGAUCACGUGAGAAUAGAGAUAAGGAGACAUGGAAGGCGUUGGUGUAAGGGUCAUAGCAUUCUCCUGAUUCAGACACCACAGGCAAGAAUUCUACAAUAGUGACUAAGAGCCACAAUCUGUUACAUAUCACAUGGAAGCAGUUGGUCUACUUGGAUUUAUUCCCAAACAUGCUGCUCACUUUCUGUUACAAACGUUUGUUCAUUACGAUGUAAGACGAGGAGACCUGUGUGAUGGAGGAAAGCCUAGCAAAACACACCUCUGAUGAGGAUAAAAGUUCACUAUGGACAAGAAGAUGAAAUGCACUGCAAGAACUGUUUUCUCACUUCGUAUACUUAAUUUUAAAAAUAUAUGAACAGUUGUAAUUUGUGUUUGAAUAACUAUUUUUUUACAGUUCUAUUCUAACCAGUUACAUAUCUUAUUGAAUAAAUCUUUAAAAAAUCUUCAAACGUGUACUAUGAACGAAAAUAAAACUUGAUAUAAUUUGUUAUGAAUUAUAUAUAAUUAAUGCAUUAUAGUGCAUGCACAUCCCAUUAUAUUGUUCCCGUGGAAAGACAUGUCACCUGUAUUCCAUGAACUUCAACAGUAUAAUUCUGAAAACAACAUACCUUCAACUAAAAUUGUCAGAAUUAUUUCAAGCAAUGUGGAUAUGAAAUAUUCCAAAUCGUAGUAAGUAUUUUAAACAUGAUUCGAAAAUUGCUAAUUGUUGGGAUCUCUUAAAAAUGAAAUAAAUAUUUUCCCGGCAUCGUUUCUAAAUCAUCGCAAUAACAUGGUAAAGCGUACGUUAGACUAACACCAUAGCCAUUAAAGACCUGAGUUGGUGUCAUGUUUGAGAAAUUGCUGAGAAAACAGAACGUCAUACCUCAGAUUUCCAUAUAUCUUUUAGCUUUUAUUUGUGUAAACUUACAGUCUUUCUACAAUUCAAAAGUAUUUGUGUUUUUUAAUAUUUAUCAUAGGAAACGGAGCUGAAAAUAUAACGGACGGAAUUGACGUGAAUCUAACUUAGAUAUGAAUUUCUUUUAGCAUGUGCAAACAACGAUGUGUUCCGUCAACAUUUUCUUUACAUUAUGACUAAUGUAGAGUAAGCGAAAAGUGAGGCAGUAAUGUUUUGUAUUGAAAAGAUUUUGCGAUUUUCUUACCCGAUAGCUUCACAGAAUCGAUGUUACGGAUGUCAGAAUGUGAAUACAAUAAGUACAUGUUAUAAAACAGUUUCAUAUAACUUUUAUAUUUGGAUGUGAAUGAGUUGGAAACGUUUAUUUUUUAUUAUUUUAGGGAAACUAGUGAACACUCAUUGUUGUACUUAUACAGAAUGACUUCUAAAUGGAAUCAUAUAUCAAGGUUAUAUUGUUGACACGUUUCUGUUUCUAAUUGAUUUACCAUCUGUGCAAAGUACAAACUGGCCGUAAACGUAGACUAAAACAAUUGAUCAGAAUGCUUUGAUUAAUUGAAAUCAAGAGAUUCCGUUGAUGCAUUGUCACUAAGGAUGAAGUAACAUAUUGUAAAGUAUGAUAUAAUGUAUACUAAUUGCAAAUAAAAUGUAUGUAUCGUACUUUCUACUUGUUACACUUUUAAAGUGGUCCACUUUAAAAGCAGAAUUUAAAUGUGACUUUUUUAAAGUUAAUUGUAUUAACACAUAUGGAAAAGGGUACGAGUAUAAUAUGGUUGAAACACUUUUUAUAUAUAAAUCCGUUGCAUUGCGUUGGCCAACUGUCUGAUUUAACCCUUUCACCACUGUAGACCAUAAUGGACUCAUCCAGAUCAAUGCAUGGUAGAGUCUACUAAAGUUACAUAGGGGUGAAAGGGUUUAGAUGAACAUAACAAACACGCAGGUGAUUGCACCUUUUGAAAUUUUGUAAUGCAAACAAAUGAAUUAUACGUUGCACAAUUAAGCUUCAGAAAAUUAAAAUUAUCUUGAAACA